AUGGAAUUACGUGUGUUGGGGAAAUUUUCUCCAUUUGGGGAAACAUUUAUACAUCACAAUAAUAUUGACGACAGUGGACAAGCUUCAAGGGCUGAAAGUAGGCUUCAAAGCAACCACCAUAUUCGGCCUUCGUUUGAACCUACCUACCAACUUUACCCGUCACAAAACAAUGCUCAAACAAAUAAACCCAAAAAUCAGAGCUCUGAUUUUGAGGAAGAGCUAUAUGUUAAAGACAAACUUGUAGUUUGGAGCCGUGGAAACUUACUCAAGAAAAGUUUUAAAUUUGAAAGCCCUGUUAUUCAGGCAUUAUUUGUCUGGUUCGAAAAUUAUACGCAAACACCUCAACAAAAUUCUCUAGACACCAAUUCUUAUAUUAACAACGUUCUAAUACGCGAGCGCUGCCUGUGCAUUAUACUUCAUAAUUCAGCAAAAGUAUAUUUUGAAAAUGGAGAUUCUCAUGCUUUUAGGAUACCUUCUAUUCAACGUGCUUGGGCUUUAGAGCUUGGAAUAUUAUUUGAAUGUUUUCUUGAAGAUAAUCCCUGCUUAUCAGAAUCAAUGCAAGAUGACUCUAUACCCACACCACCUCCGACUCUGCUCAGCCUUCUUGAUCCGUUGGCCGAAAUUAAAGCUGUUUCGAUAGUCGACAAGAUACUUUAUAAUAAUGAAGAAUUGGUUUUUCUGGGUCCAAUGAAUCCUUUUACUAAUGCUGAUGAGGAAUUGAUUUUCGUCGGCGGAGCAACUACAAAUGAUCCCUUGAUAUUUACAUAUAAUCGUCAAACAGGGCGACAAUAUUUGUAUAGAUAUGGAAUCAAAAGAGGAAGUAAUAUUAUUGGCGAAAUGGAAAAUCCCGGUCGACGGAGUUCUGGCUUAAAAUCUGAUUUGGUAGAUAGGUUUUUACAUCCUGAUUCUCAAAAUUUCUUGUCAUAUGAAAGACGAGAUUUCUCUGAGGCCUCCGUAGAGGUUUAUUUAGAGUUACUCUGGUCAGAAAAUUAUCAUCCGAGUGGAUCUAUAAACGAUCUCUCUGCAUUUAUUGCACACGAGUCUAAUGGUGGAAAAGUCUUUGGAAUAUUUACGAGAUCAACUGAGACCUUAACUUUACUAGACAUUUUACAAGAACGUGAUCAACAUCGGAUUUCAUUCAAGUCUCAGUUCUCGGCUUUGGCUGCAAUGUCGAUUUCAUCGACUCGACCAAAUUUGUUAGAUAUAUUAAUGCUCAAGAAAGAUGGAACUUUAGAACUUUGGAUCGGAUCUGAUAAAUUUUUGCCGAUUACGGUUCCGAAUGAAGAUUUUUUUUGCAUGAAAGAAGAAUCCUUAGUAAAUAGAGUGAUUGAUAUAAAAGAUUGUGUUCAACAUCGAGUCAAUAUUGUAUUAUCCGACGAUAUGGUUUUAAGGACAAGUCUCAAUUUUAUAUUGUCUUCUACCUUAGUCAGGAGUUGCAUGGGCUCUUUAAGCUUCGCUAUACCAGUUUCGGAAUAUCUUGAAUUCAAACUAAGAUUUCUUCAAUAUACUUUCGGGAAUGCUAACAAAUAUAUGGAAAUCCCUCAAGCGAGCGAGUGGGAAAACUUCAUCGUUACCCUAUUAUCCUUUUGCCAUACAAAUCCUAGCAAUGAUGUUAGCAUGUCUGACGAUGAUCAAAACACGUCAAUUCUUUACAAUGACGAUGAUUGGAAUGCGCUGUUGUCUAUACCUCAUCAUCGCAAAAUUGAUUUAAACAACAUAUAUCAGAGUUUAGAGCCUACCAAUGCCCACGUGAUGGAUAAUUCAAUCAUAAACAAUUAUGAAAAGUCGAAAAGGCUUGCAGUUCUGUUUUCUUUCGAGCGUAAUUUUCAAGCAUAUCUUCCAUCUAUUCUGUAUGCUUUGCAUUUACUUUAUGAGGAUUUAAAAUUGAAUGUCAUCCUACAAAAGUACAUGCAGUAUCACUUGCCAUUGCUAAUGCAAUUGGCCAGUUUGCUUGGCUGGGAGUCUUAUUUGGAUUAUUAUACAAGGCACAAUAUAACAGGGAAAUCAUUGAAACUGACAAAAGAUACGAUAAAUACCGAGGAAAUUGAGUAUAAUAAAUCAAUACUUUCACCUCCAAACAUUUACCAAUGGAUUCUUUAUCGGCUAAGAACAAAAGGCGUCAUCACUCAAUUUCCUUCAGUACAUGAUAUUGGUCUAUUAUUCAAUAUACCAUGUCCAGAAAUUAUCCGUGAUUUCGAUUGCUGUACACGAACAUUGAAAGUCUGUGGCUUCUGUAACGAGUUAUUUGCAGUAGGCCCUGCUUCGAUGAUCCUCAAAAUGGUCCAGGAAGGUUUUAAGCUGAAAGAUGUAGAUGCCCUACCUUUCGGCAUUGCUCUGCCUUUACGCGAAGCCAUCCGAAAAUGUCGGAUGCGCCCGCCAAAUGAUUGGCCUGGUGAUGCUUAUAUUCUGAUAGGAAGAGAAGAUCUAGCAGAGUUGAUUUCUGGAAAUCCAAUAGCAACUACUUAUUUCCAUUCUCGGCGUGGAUUAAAAUUGGAUCGUAAACCUGAUGAUAUUCACUCUAUUUGUCAAUCGGUCACACCUUUUGAAGCAUCCACAUCAAAUAAUCCAGAGAUUAGCAAUCAUGAAAUAUCUGAUUUGCGCUUUGACCGAGAUCGCAGACUAGUAGAAGUUCAACGACUUUUGCAUCCUUCUAAUAUAAUAAAACUGUCUUCAGUGGGAUCUGAUCAAAAUGGGAAUGAAGGUGAUAUAUCUGGUAGAAAUUUAGAAUGGAUUUCUGCUCACUGUAUGAAAAAUUUCGCACAGCCUGUUGGUCGUGGUAUUCUCACGUAUGGGACAACAAUACCAAUUGCUACCGAAGUAUUUCCUAUUCCAGGAAUAUGCACAAGUGUUCGAAUAUUACCUUCUAAUACUGUUAGGGUCCUAGAUAGAGGGCUACGUUCUCAAGAAAUUAUUGAUUGGCCUGAAUUUCAUGAUGGUGUGGCUGCGGGUCUUCGUAUAACUCGUGAAAGCACAGAAGUUGAUGGAUCAUGGAUUGCACUCAAUAAGCCUAAAGAGCUCAGCAAUGGUCAUGCUGGAUUCUUAUUAGGUCUAGGUUUGAAUGGGCAUUUGAGAUCUUUGGGUGCAUGGAGAGCUGUAGAUUAUUUGAUGAAAACGCCAAAACACGAUAUGACUUCGAUUGCUUUGGUCAUUGGUAUUCCGGCGUCCUACUGUGAAACAAUGGACACGCAAAUAACGAAAUUGGUUGGAGUUCAUGUGCCUGCCCUUCUCCCUCCCAACUCUACAUCUUUAAAUGUUUCGUCUCUAAUUCAGACAGCCGCGGUGCUUGGGAUAGGUUUGCUUUUUUUGGGAACUUGCCAUCGACGUAUGGCUCAGGUCAUGCUUGGAGAAAUUGGAGGGAAAAGUUUAAUGGCUGCGGAAAACACUGAAAUUGAUUAUCGAGAAGGUUAUUCUCUCGCGGCUGGCUUUGCUCUCGGUUUUAUCACACUGGGUCGUGGACAUAAUGCCCCGGGUCUUGCAGAUCUUGAUAUUUUUAAAGAAUUACGCUUGCUGAUAACUGGUGGCAAAGGCAAAAAUUCCUCUGCUCCUUCACAAAGUUCCGGAUUUGGCGGCUCUAGACCCGGAGACAUCAAUGUGAAUACAACGUCAUUAGGCGCAACGAUAGCUCUCGGUCUAAUGUUUUUGAAAACAAACAAUGAAAGCGUAGCAGAUAAAAUUACUAUUCCUAAAACUGCCUACUUUCUGGACUUUGUGCGGCCAGAUUUUCUUGCAGUCAGAAUUCUGAGCAAAAAUUUAAUAAUGUGGGAUAGCAUAGAAUGCAAUGUGGCUUGGGUUGAAAAUCAUAUUCCCGCAUUUAUUAAAGAAAAGCUUGAAAAGAACCCUGACGAUGAUAACAUUGAGUCUAUAAAGCAAUCCUAUUAUUAUAUACUUGCAGGUGCAUGUUUCAGUAUUGGUUUGAAAUAUGCAGGCUCGGUAGAUGAAGUAGCCUUACAUUGCCUCCUACACUACCUGGACUUUUUCAUGGCACGUGCAAGUGCGAGAGCCACUUCUUUUGACCAAAGAAUUACACAUCAGACGGUAAAGACAUGCGUAAAUGUACUUACAACUUCAGCUGGUAUUGUCAUGGCAGGAACCGGGAAUUUGGAGUUGCUGCGAAGAUUGAGAAAAUUGCAUCGACCGGAAAUCAAUCACGUCAUCUCGCGUAAUUAUGGAAGUCAUAUGGCAACUAGCAUGGCUUUAGGAUUUCUGUUUUUAGGUGGGGGCACUUUUACUCUCUCCACGUCCAACAAAGCAAUAGCAGCACUUGUCUGCUCCUUAUUUCCUCGAUGGCCGACAGAUCCUACUGAUAAUCGAACACAUAUGCAAGCAUUUAGACAUUUAUGGGUCCUCGCGCUUGAACCUAGGUGUCUCGUCGUGCGCGAUGUUGAGACAAGAGAAGCAUGUCAUAUGCCGGUUAAAGUUAUUAUCAGAGGCACAGAAGAAUCUAAUGAUGCUCAAAUAGCACCUGGUUCCUCAAAUAAGAUAGAGCAAAUGGUUGCUCCUUGUUUAUUGCCGGAAGCAAAAUUUGUGGAACGGAUUGAAAUUGAUACUCCUAGGUAUUGGCCGAUAAGUCUUGACUUGAGAAACAAUCGCACACUUGCCAAUCGAUUUUGGCAAAAUCCAAUUAUAUAUGUUAAAAGGAAAAUGGGUCAUCUGAGUUACUUGGAGGACCCUCAAAGUAUUUGGAGUUUGAACUCGCGCCUAUUUCCACGCAAGACACCAAGUAAUCAAUCAACUGGAGGUCAACACAGCAGCAAUAAAUGGGAAUUUGUCAAGGUUUUCUCAUCAGAUCCUCAAGUCUUAGCUUUCGCAAGGCAUUUUUGUGAAAAUGAAAUGGAUCGAGAUUUGGCAACAUUUUGUACUGGGGUCUUGCAGGAAUGUUUGAACUCGGAUAAACCUGAAGCAAUUCAGAUUUAUUUGGCUCUCUAUCAAAGCCAGCAGAAUCUCAAUAUGAACGUGCUUUUACUAUGGAACAUCAAGAUUCUUCUUGCUUAUUAUGAGCAUGCUGUGAUCUCUUGUCCUGACGCAACGCAAAACCACGCUCUCAUCCAAAAUGCUUUCGUCACUUCGAUCAGGCAAAAUAUGAAUAAGUUCUUUUCUCUAUCACCACCAUUGACUACAAUAUCAUCAGAAAGUGAGCAAUCGCAAUUUGCUCGUGCUUUACAAUAUUAUUUUACCAAUCUGAAAUUUCCCUCAGCAGAAGAAUCGGAAGAUAUGAAUGCUAACGGGCUAUUGAUUCAAUUAGCCAAUUUUCUUGUCUAUAAUGACGUACCAGAUCCCAAAACAAUACGUAAUAUCAGUAGUUGCAUGCAAAGUUUGCGAGCCAAUUUUGCACAGGAUACCAAUGUAAUUGACGAUAGUGGAUUGGUGAAUGAUCAUGUGCUCAACGUACUCUUGGCAUUCUCGCCGCAUUUAACGAAAAAAAUUAUUCAGACUAUAGUAAAAAUGCUGUCAUAA